AUGCGAGGUGGCAGCACACGUGGCGAUGAUCACCGAGGUGGCAAGAACAUGUGGAGGUGGUUGGUGGUCGUCACUGGUUAUGACAUAGCGACUGGAUUAGUGUUUCUCAUUACUUCUAGCUUUGCUGAUUAUUACAAGCCUCCCCCUUAUAAAGCUGAAGUUGAAAUAUCACUAUUUCAGAUUGAGCCACCUCCUGAGUAUUCACCCACUGAUGACUCUGAUUACCCUUUUGUCGAACCGCCUCCCACUUACAAGCUUCACGUUGAAAAACCACUGUCUAAGAAUGAGCAAUUUCCUCCUGAGGACGAACCCAUUAACGACAAACCCAUCAACGACGAACCCAUUGAGGAGGACCCCUUUGAGGAACCGAUAAAUGGUUACCCUAUUCUUGAUGGUCUCAUUCACAAUGGGCCACCACUUUACAAGCUUCAAGUUGAAAAACCACGUGUUUACAACCCUUCUGUUGAGGAAACACCUGUGGAGAAACCACCAAGUUAUAUGCCCCAACCUUAUGGUCACUAG